UAUGACGUAGAAGGGACGCGUCGUGCUAAAAGCUCCACGAGGGUUGUUUUGGAUUAGAGCGCUCGUGAAAACAAUAUAUGGGUUCCAGCUUGGUGACAAUCGCCGUACUUUUUUAGGUUUUCUUGAUCAUUUUUGGUUUGUUUAUAAUGGCAACUUUUGAGUCUCUUGGUCUGUCCGAGUGGUUGGUUGUCCAGUGUAGGCAGAUGGGCAUCGCCCGGCCGACCCCAGUGCAGGAACACUGCAUGCCAGCUAUCCUGGAAGGUCGAGACUGUUUGGGUUGUGCGAAAACUGGAAGCGGAAAAACUGCAGCAUUUGUUCUUCCCGUGCUGCAGAAAUUGUCUGAGGAUCCCUACGGCAUCUUCUGUCUGGUCCUUACGCCCACACGGGAACUGGCCUAUCAGAUAGCAGAACAGUUUAGAGCUUUAGGAAAGCCUCUGGGACUGAGAGACUGUAUCAUUGUUGGAGGAAUGGACAUGGUGACUCAGGGGUUGGAGCUUUCCAAAAAGCCCCAUGUCGUCGUCGCAACGCCCGGGAGAUUAGCAGAUCACAUUCGAAGUUCGGACACGUUUGAUAUGAAAAGACUCCGAUUCUUAAUCCUGGAUGAGGCUGAUCGUUUGCUCGAGCAGGGCUGCACAGACUUCACUAAGGACCUGGAGGUGAUUCUGAGCGCUGUGCCGGCGAAAAGGCAAACGUUGCUUUUCAGCGCGACCCUGACUGACACGCUACAAGAACUCAAGAGCGUUGCUAUGAACAAGCCUUUCUACUGGGAGCACAAAUCCGAGGUGCGAACAGUGGAAGAGCUGGACCAGAGAUACAUCCUUACGCCUGAGAAAGUCAAAGAUGCGUACCUGGUGAGCCUCAUCCAAAAAUUCCAAGACGAACACGAUGACUGGUCGAUCAUGAUUUUCACCAACACGUGCAAACAUUGCCAAAUACUCACAAUGAUGCUUCGCGAGUUCAAAUUUCCUGCCAUCUCCUUGCAUUCCAUGAUGAAACAGAAACAGCGGUUUGCGAACCUUGCCAAGUUCAAGUCCAAUAUUUACAAGAUCCUUAUAGCCACGGAUGUAGCUGCGAGGGGUUUGGAUAUACCUACAGUGCAGGUAGUCAUCAAUCAUAAUACCCCUGGAUUGCCUAAAAUCUACAUCCACAGAGUCGGCAGAACCGCACGUGCAGGGAGAAACGGUGUUUCCAUUACACUGGUCACACAGUACGACAUCCAUCUGGUCAACGCUAUAGAGGAGCAGAUCCAGACCAAGCUGAAGGAGUAUCCAAUUCAAGAGAAAGAGGUGCUAAAGAUUCUUACCCAAGUCAACGUGACGAGACGACAGUGUGAAAUUAAGCUGGAGGCAACUGAUUUUGAUGAGAAAAAGGAAAUAAAUAAAAGGAAGCAAAUGAUCCUUGAAGGGAAGGACCCGGAUUUGGAAGAAAAGCGAAAGCAAGAGCUUGCCAAGAUAAAAAGAGAAAAAAAGAAAUUCAAGGGAAGAAUUCAGGAGACCAUCCAGAAGAAGAAAGAUGCCGUCCUGAAAUCAAGAGCAAAGUGUAAAACUGCUCCCAGGCAGUCUGUUCCCGGACCCUCAUAAAUCUGUGCAUUAUAAACUGUCUGUACAAUCUUUUCUCUUGUGUAUAUAAAAAUAAACAAAACGAAUAUUUUAUUUCACGCA